AUGUACUUUACUCUCUACUUCCUCGUCACCCGCCUCCCUGACACUCUUAGCUCCGUUAGGGACCACUUUCUCGCCCUAGACCCUACCACUCUCACUAUCGCCGACUUCGAGCAGCACCUCCUGGCAGCCGAGAAGAACAUCCUCGCUGUAGGUGCCGCUCAUGGCACUCCUCUCACACCCCUCUUUAAGGGUUGCUCCCCCUCCCCUCUUGCCCCCUCCUACGCCUCUGCUGCUGCUGCUGUCGACUUCCUUGGUGCUGAGAAGGUCGCAGCUGCUUCCGCUCCUAGUGGGAAGCGCAACGGCUCCAGGGGGGGCAGGGGUGGCAAGGGUGGCGGACGUGGUGGUGGAGGGGGCGGUAGUGGAGGCGGCGGGGGCGGCGGAGGUGGUGGGGGUGGUCGUGGGGGUGGAGGUGGUGGUGGGGGCGGUGGUGGUGCCGGGAGCAGUGGCGGUGGCAGCAGUGGUGGUAGCGGAGGCGGCAGUGGUGGUGGCGGCAGUGGUGGGGGCUUGGACCUGCUUAGGCGUGAUGUUCCUAUCUUUGAUCUUGACUAUGAUGCUAUUCUUGCUGCCAUGUAUGCAUUGACUGUUAGUGCUGAGGGUGACUGCUACUUGCAUGUGCCGCCUGACCCCGGUAUAGACCCAGGUAUAGCGCCUGCAGCCCUAGGUGCUAGUGAGUCUGCUCUCCCUGGUACUGCGUCCGCUCAGGCCUUGCACACCUUUACACUUGACUCUGGUGCUUCCCGCUGUUUCUUUCGCAACAGCACCACAGUCACUCCCCUAGCUGCACCUGUCCCUGUCUCACUGGCUGACCCCUCUAGGGGCCCAGUGCUUGCACGGUCCACCACUGUGCUUCCGUGUCCGGCGGUCCCGUCUGGUGAGCUGUCUGGUCUCCACCUCCCCUCAUUCUCUACGAACUUGGUGAGCAACGCCGUCCUUCAGGAUCAUUGGGUUGACACCUUUACUCCUGGAGGACAGCGUGUGACGAUCUGCACGUGCUCCCGGACCGGCCGUCACCUGGCCACGUUCACACGUGCGCCUGGGUCCAGUCUGUACACCCUCACCACUGCGUCGCGCUACACCCCUUUGUCUCCUCAGCUGUACGCGUCUGCUCAGGUAGCUACCCAGUGUGAGUGUCGUCGCCUGUCGCACCAGACUCUCCUUUGGCACCACCGCCUUGGUCACCCCUCCCUGCCUCGCCUGCGUGGCAUGCUCUUUCGCUCCCUGGUCUCUGGUCUUCCCAGGUCUCUGCCUGCCCUCCCUCCCUCGCCUGCGCCGCCCUGCCUUCCCUGUGUCGAGGGGCGGCAGCGCGCCGCACCUCACUCCUCCUCGUUCCCUCCCACAGAGGCUCCGCUGCAGACUCUCCACCUGGACGUGUGGGGCCCAGCCCGCGUCCAGGGGCACGGCCGCGAGCGGUACUUCCUGCUGGUUGUCGACGACUACACGCGUUACACCACGGUUUUCCCCUUGCAGUGCAAGUCGGAUGUCCCUGCUGUUCUGAUCCCUUGGAUCCGCGCUGUUCGUCUCCAGCUCCGUUUCGAGUCGGACUUUCCUGUCCUGCGUCUGCACUCUGACAGAGGUGUCAUGGAGGUCGCUCGUACCUCCAUGAUCCAUGCGGCGACUCCCCAUUUUCUGUGGCCGUUUGCGGUCCGGUACGCCGCGCAUCAGCUCAACCUCUGGCCUCGUGUCUCCUUGCCGGAGACCUCGCCCACACUGCUGUGGACGGGGAAGGUUGGCGAUGCGUCGCGAUUCUGGGUCUGGGGUGCCGGUGCCUUUGUCCGCGAUACCACCGCAGACAAGCUCUCCGCUCGUGCCAUUUUCUGCGUCUUCCUUGGUUUUCCUCCUGACGCGCCUGGCUGGCAGUUUUACGACCCCGCCUCGCGCCGUGUCUUUGACGUCACCUUUGACGAGUCAGUCCCCUUUUACCAUCUCUGUCCCUACCACACUGCCCCUCGCCUGCCCCCGCCGCUCUUUCUCGCUCCAGGUCCUCCCCAGGUAGACCCCCUCCCCGCGCCAGGUCCUGCUCCUUCAGGUGUUUCUCAGGUAGACCCGCCCGGGCCUGCGCCUGUUGAGGUCACUGGUGACUCUGGUCCUGCUCGGGGUGCUGUCUCUGGGGGUGCUGAGCCUGGGGGUGCGGAGCCUGAGCGUGAGGAGCCUGGGGUUGCUGGGCCUGGGGGUGCGGAGUCUGGUGUCACUGAGCCUGAGCGUGAGGAGCCUGAGGGUGCUGAGCCUGGAGGUACUGAGCCUGAGCGUGAGGAGACUGGAGGUACUGCGCCUGGGGGUGCUGCGUCUGGGGGUGCUGAGCCUGAGCGUGAGGAGCCUGGGGGUGCUGAGUUCGGGGGUGAGGCACCUGAUGGUGCUGAGCCUGCUGCUGCGCGGUCUCCUUGGAGUGGCCGCCUUCGUCCGCGUGCGCCUCUCUCCCCACAGCAGCUGCACGAGUGGUACGCUCGCCGUCAGGGUCGUGCUGCUGAAGCUCAGGGCUCGGCCGCUGGAGGUGCUUCUGCUGACGUCGCUGGAGCUGGGAGUGGUGUUGGUACUUUGACUACAGGAGGUGCUGGAGUCGCUGGUCCCGGAGGUGCUCGUACUGGAGGUACUGGAGCUGCUGGGGCUGGAGGUGCUGCGUCUGGGGGUGCUGCUGCUCGAGACACGGAGGCUGGAGACCCUGGGAGUCUGGAGGUGCUGCGUCUGGGGGUGCUGCUGCUGGAGACACUGAGGCUGGAGACCCUGGGGCUGGAGGUGCCGGUUCUGGGGGUGCUGCUGUGGGAGACUCUGAGGCUGGAGACCCUGGGACUGGAGGUGCCGGUUCUGGGGGUGCUGCUGCUGGAGACACUGAGGCUGGAGACCCUGGGACUGGAGGUGCCGGUUCUGGGGGUGCUGCUGCUGGUGACGCUGGUCCUGGAGGUGCUGGCGCUGGAGGUUCACGAGCUGCUGGUGGUGCUGGCCCUCGAGGAGCUGGGGCUGGAGUCUUGCUGA